GGAUUGGAGAAAGCAGAGGAGAGGAAGGCAGGGGAGCGCGGGAUCUCCCUGCACCCGGCGCCACACAAACUCCCGUCCCACCAUAUCUCCUCUACUGCCACAACUUCUCUUCGCUUAACGUUUGCCUCCCACCGGACCGGAUCCAGGGAACGAACAUGGCCGCCGAGGUGGUGGCGCUCUCGCCGGCGUCCCGCCUGCCGUCCCUCUCCUCCAGGCCCGCCGCCUCCUCCUCCUCCCGCGCCCAUCGCGCUGCCCGCUCUGCCCGGUCACCGCCGGCGCUCGCCGUAACGACGUUCGCGUUGGGCCGCCGCCGCCAAGCACUGCUGCUCCUCCGGCCCCGCGCCACCGAGCAGCAAGGGCAGGUGCAGCAGCAGGAGGAGGAGGUGGUGGACGGCAACGUGCUCCCCUACUGCAGCAUCGACGGCAAGAAGAAGAAGACCAUCGGGGAGAUGGAGCAGGAGUUCCUACGAGCCCUGCAGUCCUUCUACUACGACCAGAAGGCCAUCAUGUCCAACGAGGAGUUCGACAACCUCAAGGAGGAGCUCAUGUGGGAAGGCAGCAGCGUCGUCAUGCUAAGCGCCGAUGAGCAGAGGCUCCUGGAAGCCUCCAUGGCCUACAUCGCCGGCAACCCCAUCAUGUCCGACGCCGAAUUCGACGAGCUCAAGCUCAGACUCAAGCAAGAUGGAAGCGACAUCGUGACGGAAGGCCCUAGGUGCAGUCUACGGAGUCGGAAGGUUUACAGCGAUCUGACGGUUGACUACUUGAAGAUGUUCCUGCUCAAUGUUCCAGCGACUAUUGUUGCUCUAGGACUGUUCUUUUUCAUCGAUGAGCUGACUGGCUUUGAGGUCAAUGUAUUCCAGUUUCCGGAGCCCUUCGGAUUCAUAUUCACAUAUUUUGCCGCUUUGCCUCUGAUAUUGGUUACGGCGCAAGUGGUAACCAAGGCCAUAAUAAAUGAUGUCUUAAUCCUGAAGGGGCCGUGUCCGAACUGCGGCACUGAAAAUCUUUCCUUCUACGGGACGAUACUGUCGAUCGAGAGUGGUGGAGCAACGAACAAUGUGAAGUGCGCAAAUUGCAAAACGGUGAUGGUAUACGACUCAAAAACUCGGUUGAUCACACUUCCAGAUUCAUGAACAGGAUAAUUGAAGUGGCACGUCUUCAUUAACAGGUAGGAGCACCGAGAUGCAGAAUUGGUCAUUCAUGUUUGGUAAUCAAGUGAGCAAAUGGAAUUGCCAAGUCUGCAAGGAACUGCUUGCUGCUUCUAUGUUCUAGUAUGAUUUUCUGUAGAUAUGUAUUUGCAAUUGUACCUGAUUCAGACGGAUUAAAUUGCAGAAUGUAUAGAAAAUCUAGAUGGUUGUGAGCCUAUGACAUUAAACCGAAGCUUAUACGUAGUCUUGGCCAAUUGUCAUGCGCCACGAAUAAAAGGGGGAAAAGAGAAAGAUGUGCUUGCAAGGGCCAUUACAUUUGGCAACUGGACCAUGGGACCAUGGCUUGUUUUGGUUUUUGUCUAACGAGCUUGUGUCGAAUCA